ACAGCGCGGGAGCCGACUCGAGGGAGAGUCGCGUCGCCGGGAUUUCCCUUUAGGCUCUCCUUACACGACCUCUCUUCUCGACGUGUCGUCUCGCGACGCGUCGCGGACGCGCUUUGACGAUCUCCACGUUGCCCGGUCGCAAGAAGACCAAGUUUGAUCUCGCGGAGGGCGCACGCCCCAACGACGCGACCCCGGUCCCGGCCUGGUCCCGGCCACACAGCUAAGUCCUCUCCGGAGUCAUGAGCGAGCCUUCGUGCGGAGAAGGUCGUCUCCUGUGUCUGUGAGACUACGUCAUCCUGGUGUCACCCGUGUCUCUCCUCUGCUGUGUCCCGAGGCUGAUUAAUCGCGCACGACAUCGUUCGCCAGUUCGUUUAGCUAUUAGCUCGUUUCCAGGUCGUCCUCCGCCACCACCGCCACCACUACUCGUCACCGUCUCUCACCUCUCGCACGCGUCCACGCGGGAAGCGAGGCGUUAAAUGUCGAGGUGAUCGACAGGGUGUCAUGGUUCCGGUGAAUGGAAAUAUCCGCUGCUCACAGGUAGCCUCAUCUUGCGCACGGAUACGCCUCCGCGUAACCUUUCCACGCCCAAGCUGCCGCCGCGACGAUUCACCGUCGAUGGAGGAUCGGCGAGCCUGUUGAACUCGGACAGGUGGGAACAUGCCCGGACGAUCGCCGGCGAGGGCGUACGAGCGGCCCAUAGACCUCACGGGCCGCAAGUUCGCCGCUACUUGAAUGCCACCGCCGUGGGAGAUCGAACAUCUGUCGGAGUCUGUUCCUCUCCUCGUUACAAGAACAAAUGACCAGGGCACGGGAUGGGCGAGUCCUGGCUCUCGGUCCUAUUCGCUGCCACGGUGACCACGAUGACGAUGACGGCCUGUGUCACACUGACAAGAGCGGCCGAUCCAUCCUCGACGGCGCCCCUCACCACUACUGCUCGUGACGACUCACCGAUCGACUCUAAACGGGCGAUCAUCGAGGAGGCGCUGGACGUGAUCGAGGCGGCGUCCACCGGUUCUCUGGGCGAGGUGUGCGUGAACACGGCAGGUUUCAAGUCUCUACCGGCCGGUGUCGACCUGGACCCAAGACGUUAUGACACGGCGCGUCAGAAAGCCGAUAUGACCGCCAUGGUGUUGCAAAAUCUCGGCGCCGCUGAAGCGACGCGACGUAACGCCCUCCUGGAUGCCCUGACGAAGUCGCUGCUCGUGUCGGUGGACGACGCGGUAGAGGCAAGGGUGAUCGCGCUCAACGCAUCGACUGGCACCGUCAUUACCGCGGUGUGGCUGAAGCGCAGCCCGGGAAGCGUCGGCGAGCCCAUCAAGGUCGAGAGUCACGCGCUCCAGCCCGGAUCACAGCCGGAUCCAAGCCUGCCGUGGUUCGAGAACGCCGGCGGCAGCAUUGAGCUAAGGUCACCGAAAUUCAUGCAGUCACCGCCGAUUGAAUCCUACAGGGGUUGGUGGACCAUCCCGUACUUCUCCUGCAAGACCCGCCGCUGGCUCAUUUCGUACAGCGUCAACGUUAAGUCACCGGACAUUCGACCCGGGGUGCGAGAAUUCAUAAGCAUGGAUGUCGACAUAAGCGGCUUGGAAGUGAACCAAUGUGACGCGCCGCUGCCACGAAACAGCAAUGACGGACUCGAGCUUCCUACAAGCAAUCAGAUCGGCUUCUUCAAGGGCACUCACAAGUGCCAUACCGACACCACGCAGUGUGUGUAUCAGGGUCCGGGCAGUCGUGUGAACGAGAACGGCGUGGGUGCUGGUUGGGCGAAAGGCGCUUACGUGUGUAAAUGCCGGCAGGGCUUCUAUAGUAUCAGGCAUCAUCAGGCAGAUUUCGAUGGAUUUCUCGUGGAAGCCGCGUGGAAAGAGAUGAAAGAGAACAAGAGUGACUCGUAUGAGAAGGCGUUCCAAUGUCUGCGCUGUGCGCCGGGAUGUGCGAGAUGCAAAGGUCCUGAGCCCUGUUUAGCGACGUACAACUGGCCCUUUAGGAUCACACUGCUGGCCGUCUCCAUCUUCUGCGUGUUUGGUACAAUUAUACUGGUGGCGUACAUGUACCAAAAUCGCAAGCUGAAGGUAUUCAAGGUCGCAUCCCCGAUCUUCCUGUCAAUCACGCUUCUGGGCUGCGCCUUGAUGUAUCUCGAGAUGGCCGCGAUAUUUCCGGUCCUCGACAUGUACUCGUGCAUCGCCACCAAGUGGACGAGGCAUAUGGGCUUUUGCGUCUCCUACACGGCGCUACUAAUGAAGACCUGGCGGGUUUCGCUUACGUAUCGGGUGAAGAGCGCUCACAAAGUUAAGCUAACAGACAAACAGUUGCUGCAGUGGAUGGUGCCGAUCCUGCUGGUAAUGCUGAUCUAUCUCGGCACGUGGACCUUGAGCGCGCCGCCUUACGCGGAGGUGAUCGCGGAUAAUCACGAUCUUAAGUUCUACCAGUGUUCUUACAACUGGUGGGAUCACAGCUUGGCUAUCGGUGAAAUUCUCUUUCUCGCCUGGGGCAUAAAGGUAUGUUACAACGUGCGAAACGCGGAGAGUCUAUUUAACGAAGCCCGUUUGAUAAGUUACGCCAUUUACAAUAUAGCCGCGGUGAACAUAACCAUGAUAGCCAUUCAUCUCUUCAUAUUCCCCCGUGCCGGGCCGGAUAUCAAGUACGUGCUGGGCUUCCUGCGGACUCAACUCUCCACGUCCGUCACAGUUCUUCUCGUCUUCGGCCCUAAGGUAAUCAGAGUGUUACGAGGCCAAGGAGAUCAAUGGGACAGUCGGGCGAGAGCGCGCGGCGUCACAGCGAGCUUCUCCCUGAACGGGAUCGGCUUAGUGCCAGAGGAGACGACGGACUUGUAUCAAGAAAACGAAGAGCUCAAGGAGGAGAUCCAGAAGUUGGCGGCGCGCAUCGAAUUCAUGAAGAUCGUGCACAUGGAGAUGCACAACAGACACAUCAAACCAAAGAUGGGUGGUUACUUCAGCACGCACGGCCACGGCCACGGGCAUCCGACCGGUCAGAGUCCGAUAGCGAAAAGUUCCACGGCCAGCUUUAUCCUCAAACAGACAGCUGUGGAGCGAGGUGCAACGGCAGCCGCAGCGGCGGCCGUCGAGGACUCGACUUUCCCGUCCGGGAGUCUUCACCGAGCACGCAGGAUAGAGAUGCUGAAGGAGAGAAAAGCGGAGCGUGAAAGGGAGCGCGAGAAGGAGCGAAACAAAGAAAAGGAGCAGAAGGAAAGGUCGCAGCAGGAGAAGCAGCAGGAGAGGCGAUCGAGUGGCGAAAAGGUCUGACUAGUGAUCAAUAGCGAAGAGAUAUGGUUGUGACGAAGACAGUGCGCCGGCAGAAGCCAAAAUACGGGAAAAAUAACGGGGCCGAUGACGCCAUUGACAAUGAGGAGGAGGAAGAGAAGACGGAAGAAGGAGCUGAAGAAAUUCAGAUUGCAUCCUAUGAUGGACAGGAGACUACCCGUAUUCGUGUGACAACUACCGUCGAAUGAAAGCAAUCGCAAUCCACUGUCUUCGCGCCAUUGUGAUAGCGAUAUCCUCGUAAUUAUUAGUCAUACGACAUCAAUCAAAUUGAAAUCAAAAUCUGCGCGUGAGAGGCGACGACGACCACGACUGCGUCGUGUUCCUAUUUAUUUUGUAGCGGCGACGGCAUCGCUUCCGGAGACAGGAAGAUCUCGUUACAAAUUGACUUUAAUGACAUUGUUUCCGAUGUAAAGAGCACUCGAGCGCAGCGGACGUCGCUAACGCAAUGGUUAGCUGUGAAACGAAUUAUUUCUCCAUGCCGGAUGCUUCGCUGAGAGAUUAGACGCGGAAGAAAUACGAGAAAACGAAUAUAUAAAGCUGUCACAAAUGCACAAAGAAUACACAGACAAGUCCGCGAGUUGUCGUCGUCGUCGUUGCUUUGUCGUCGCUUCGACGAUGAUUAUGAUGAUAUUUUCAUUAUCUGACGUGAAAGCGCGACGUUGCUUUUUGUCGCGAACAUUCGAUAGAAAUAUAAGAGAGAACUUGCGAGAACUUGAGUUGCCUUUAUCGAAAUGAUUUCUGCGUCCGCUCACGAUGGCGCACGCGAGCGCGCGCGCUUUUACCAAACCGCACACUACCACGAGAGAUACCAGACUCACACGUACACAUACAUAUAUAUAAGUGUUGGGCAUUAAUCGAUUAAAAUUUUAAUUGAUUAACAUAACCGGCAAAUCAACAAUCAUCAUUCGUUAUAUAUGUAAGCACGAAUAAUUCGAUCAAUUGAUAAAAUUAAUUAUUAAUCAGUACAUAAUUAAUCAAAGUAAUCAAUUAAAACAAUCAUUAAAUAUAAUCACAAUUUGUUCGAUGUAAUCUCAAUUAAUCGAUUAUUGAGAUUAAUCAUCAAUCAUUGAUUAAAAAGGUAAUCAGCCAUAUUAAUAAUUAAUUUAAGUUUUUAAUAAAAAAAUUUAUUUAUUAUUAUUAAUUAUUUUAUUUUCUAAUUUAUUGCUAUUAUAAUUCAAAUUUUUACAAAGAAAUAAUAAAUUAGGAAAUAGUGAUUGUAUUUACAAAACGUAUUUAAAUAUAUUUAACUUUUCCAUACAUAUAAAAAAAUCCAUAAGGUACUUGAACUCAAGUCUUCAGUAAGAAUCUUCCCGUCGUGCCGCUACAAACCACUGGAAUCAGCUUAACAGUCUGAGUAUUUGCAUUGUGCAUACGUUUACGUUAAACUUUAUGACUUUUUCUCGGGGAAAUGGCUUUGCAAGACACUUCAUUACAAAGAUUAUCCAUAAAAAUUUUGUCAAAAUCGGUGAAUCAGAGUACGUGAUGUCCGCUUGUUAGUACAUUGUGCGAUAGAGAAAGUGUUUGAUUCAGCAUAUCUCUGUCCUUCAAUCUUGUCAUCAGUCAUCCCGUAAGAAUAUACAGUCUAUUUUAUAAGUUAUGAUCAAUGCCCAACACUAAUAUAUCCACUCGAUAUUAAGGGAAGAACAGCAGACGAGAAAGCCCUUCUUAAAUGUUAUUACACAAGCGUCAUGUCACGCUCUUGGAUUUAUAAUAGCACCGACUCACAGGCGACCUUAUCACGCCGAAGUGAGACACCCUCAUCUCUCGCAGGAUACUUAAAUACACAUCAAUUUCAAUGUAAAUGUUAAUUUAAGCGGUUAAUAGAAUACGAGUAAGAUAGAGACGCGUGUACUUUUUCCAAUUCGAAUCUCGGACAUCCGACAGGCUUGACCAAAAAAAAAACAGGAAAAGAAACAAGUCGUUAUCGAGCGCUUAGGGGCGUAAUUGCGUUUCCGUGCGUACGUUGAAUUCCGUUGCGUCGUUCUUGACGAGUCACCCCCGACACGAGGACAUGAUCCGUUUUAAAUCCUCUCGUUCGUUUCUCGUCAAUCUUGCGUUAUAUUCUGACUUACAGGUGUACCGUGUGCUCGUUCUCGUUCGUAAAAUCGCAUUGAAAAAAUUGCGAGCCGACCGAGCGACAAACCCUACUCGUGACAGGUUGUAAUAAGUGUUACAUGUGACAAUAAAGUUACGCAACGGGCUGUCAAGAAUGUCGCGCGGCAUUCGCGGUCGCUCGUCGCGAAGCCGCGCGCGUCUGCCCGUAAAAAGAAAAAAAAACAAAUAUAACGAGAGAUUAAUCAAAAAAGAAGCGGAAUAUUGUUUUCUGGCAGGAGAGAAUAGAGGAUACAAAAGAAAAAAA